AGACCGGGUAUUUUGAAGUAUCCCAAAGAAACACAACUUUGGUUACAGGUAGAAUCUUUGAAGUCGAAACUUGCGAUAUAGCAUACGAAGAUAGAGUGAUUGAUCCCAAUUUACCAGUGCUUACAAAGAAUGAUAUAUAUACCGAAAUGACUCUGAGAGGUUACGACCACAAAGACCAAUUCAGAGGAUUGCAAAAGAUGAUUGGAAAUAAGGCUUUUAUUGAAUGGACUGGAAAUUGGGUUACUUUUUUGGACAACAUAUUGCAGUUCAUGGCACUACAACAGGAUUCUAGAAACAUAUAUAUACCUAUAGGAUUGGGUAAACUUGUCAUCGAUGCCAAAGGUCAUAUGGAUCAAAUCAAAGAUUUGGGCAAAGAAAAUGCUAUACCUGUGGAAAUUAAUUACAAUAUUGCCAGGUCAAAAAAUGUAGAAAUAACAUCUUUGUAUGAUAAGAUCACACUAAAGAAGAAAUCACAAAAUGAUCCCAUAUUGGAAACGUACAAGUUUGUGCCGAAUGAGUCAAGUCUGAGACUUGAAGAUUCAUUGACAGUCAACUUGCAAAUUGUAUUAGAAAAUAAUUCAUUGAUAAAUUUAAAUGUUUUAGAAAUUUUUGAUGCAAAAUCUUCACAUCUACAGCCAGUUUCAAAAUAUAUUCAUCAAAUCCUGAAUAAUAUAACUACACUUCAUUCAAAUUUAACGAUAUAUACCUCAAAGAUGAUCAUGAACAUCAACGGUAUUAAAAUAACGGAUGUAAUUCCUAAAGAAAAAAGCGCGUUAAUUUGUAUAGGAUACAAUUUGCUAAGUAACCAUGAAAGCAUGCAAAGAGCUUUAGCUUAUAUAAUUGAUGAUGGUUAUAUAAUGUCUUUCGAUAAAACGAAAAUUCCUGUUAACAAAAACUUAACUACAUUGACUAAAUACAAAUUACCCUCAGGCAUAUUUAUUCAUCUAUUAAGAAGAUCUGAAGAAUAUCAAGAACCUAUUUACAUUGAAGUAAACGAUGAUUACGAGAGUUGGCUUCCACGAGUGCAAAACAGUUUGAAGUCUUCGAAAAAGAUCAUGCUUUAUUCCGAUAAAGAUCCGACCAAUGGUAUACUAGGUUUGGUGAACUGCCUGAGGUGCGAAGAUGGUACAAAAAAUGUAUACUGCGUGUUCAUCCAGGAAGGAAGGAAAUUUCAAGAGAAAAGUGAGUUUUUCAAACAGCAACUGCAGAAGGGCUUAGCAUUUAACGUAUUAAGAGGAAAAGCCUGGGGUACUUACCGACAUAUGUUGUUGAACCAUACAGAAAAACUAGAAUUCCAAAAGUGCGAUCAUUACUACGCAAACGUGCUAAACAUUGGAGAUCUUUCGACUUUGUCUUGGUUAGAAGGAUCAAUUAAGGGUCAACAAACAUUAUACAAUAAUAAUUUCGUUGAGAUUUAUUAUUCAGCUAUUAACUUUAAAGAUGUGAUGACGGCUUCAGGUAAAAUACCAGUUGAUGCAGUAUCAAUGAAGAGAAAUGAUCAAAACAACAUCAAUGGUUUUGAAUAUUCAGGAAAGAAGCUUGAUGGGAAAAGAGUAAUGGGUUUUCUAGUUGGUGGUGCUAUUUCGAAUAUAAUAGAAAGUGAUCCACUAUUGACGUGGAACGUACCAAAUGGAUGGAGUUUGGAAGAUGCGGCCACUGUUCCUAUUGUAUACGCAACUGUCAUCCUGGCCAUGAAAUCUAGAGGAAACGUGAAGAGGGGUCAAACCAUGCUGAUACAUUCAGGAACCGGCGGUGUUGGUCAAGCGGCCAUCAACUGUGCCCAUCAUUGGGGUUGCGAAAUUUUCGUAACUGUCGGUACAGAAGAAAAGAAACAAUUCCUCCUUCGACAAUACCCGUUCUUGAAAGAAUCGAACAUCGGCAAUUCACGAAAUACGUUUUUCGAGCAGAUGGUGAUGGUAAAAACGGGUGGACGAGGUGUUGAUCUAGUGCUGAAUUCGUUGGCCGACGAGAAACUUCAAGCUUCCGUUCGUUGCUUAUCUGCAGGUGGUUGUUUCUUAGAGAUUGGCAAGUUUGAUUUAUCACGCAACAGCAACUUGGCUUUGGAUCUAGUGUCGAAAGGUUGCACAUUCCAUGGAAUCAUGUUAGAUGCUGUUAUUGUCGCUGCAGAUAAUAUUAAAAGAUAUGUGUAUGGUUUAAUGCAGGAAGCAAUUGACGAUGGAUCUGUUAAACCUCUGGUAAGAACGGUAUUUGAGAAAUCAAGAUUGGAGGAAUCGUUCAAGUACAUGACAACUGGUAAACACAUUGGCAAAGUACUUAUAAAAAUUAGAGAAGAGAUUAGUUCUCCUAGCAAAAUAGAAGAAACUAAGAUAGUUUUACCAAGAUUCCAUUGUGAGCCGACUGGUUCUUAUAUAAUAUUAGGAGGUUUAGGAGGUUUUGGUUUAGAAUUGGCGGAUUGGCUGGUGUUGCGCGGUGCAAAAACUUUGAUAAUAUCUUCAAGAUCUGGAGUUACAACUGGUUAUCAGCAAUAUAGAAUUAAUAUUUGGAAAUCGUACGGAGUCAAUGUUAUCAUUGCACUCGAAGACAUCUCUAUUUAUGAUGAUUGUAAAAACCUGAUGAUUAAAGCAGAAAAUGUUGCUCCGGUGUAUGGAUUUUUUAAUUUGGCAGUUGUAUUAAAAGAUGCUAUAUUGGAAAACCAAACUGCAGAAAGCUUCAAGUCCUCAAUGUUAGCGAAAGCUGUGGCUACAAAACAUUUCGACAAGAUCACACGUACCUCGAAGACGUUGAAACAUUUCGUGGUGUUUUCCACAAUUGUCUGCCGAAAAGGUAAUAUAGGUCAAACAAAUUAUGGUAUGGCGAAUUCAGCGAUAGAAAGGAUAUGCGAGCUGAGACGCAAAGAUGGAUUCUCUGGUUUAGCUAUCCAAUGGGGUGCAAUUGGAGAUGUCGGACUUUUAACACGUAUGCAGAAGUUGCACGUAGAUGUUCCUGUAUGUGGUACUAUCCAGCAGAGAAUUUCUAGUUGCUUGGAAGUUUUUAAUCACUUGUUGAUGCAAAACGAAACUGUUGUUUCAAGUUUUGUCCUGCCUGAAAACAUAGAAGAGGAGAGCGUCCAAAAUCUUGUCGUUGAUGUCCUCAAAAUUAUUGGUGUGACGGAUAUGAAAACGAUUAGUCCUAAUAGCACUUUCGCAGAACUUGGUAUGGAUUCGUUGAUGGUCGUCGAGAUACAGCAGUUGAUGGAACAGAAUUAUGAUAUCUUUAUGAAAUCAAACGACAUACGAAACCUAACAUACGCAAAAUUGAUGGAACUUAGCGCGAAGUAAAGCAUUUCUUCUUCA